AUGUCCAAGAAAGGCCGAGGCCGGGGGGACAGGAUGGAGGCCCUGGCUGCGCUUCAGGCUGCCAACGAGGAGCUGCGGGCCAAACUCACGGACAUCCAGAUCGAGCUGCAGCAGGAGAAGAGCAAGGUGAGCCGCGUGGAGCGCGAGAAGAGCCAGGAGCUGCGGCAGGCGCGGGAGCACGAGCAGCACAGGAGCGCGGUCCUGCUCACGGAGCUCAAGAGCAAGCUGCACGAGGAGAAGGUGAAGGAGCUGCAGGCCGUGCGCGAGGCGCUGCUGCGGCAGCACGAGGCGGAGCUGCUGCGCGUCAUCAAGAUCAAGGACAACGAGAACCAGCGGCUGCAGGCGCUGCUGCAGGGCCUGCGCGACGGCGCCCCCGACAGGGCCAAGACGGCGCUGCUGUCCGAGGCCAAGGAGGAGGCCAAGCGCGGCUUCGAGGUGGAGAAGGUGAAGAUGCAGCAGGAGAUCUGCGAGCUGAAGGGCGCCAAGAGGCAGGUGGAGGAGGCGCUGACCGUGGCCAUCCAGGCCGACCGGAUCAAGGCCGCCGAGAUGAGGAGCGUGUACCACCUGCACCAGGAGGAGAUGUCGCGCAUCAAGAAGGAGUGCGAGCGCGAGAUCCGCAGGCUGAUGGAGGAGAUAAGAUUUAAGGACAGAGCAGUCUUUGUGCUGGAGAGAGAGUUAGGGGUACAAGCCGGGCACGCUCAGAGACUGCAGCUCCAAAAGGAGGCUUUGGAUGAGCAGCUGUCCCAGGUCAAGGAGGCUGAUCGGCACCUGGGCAGCCCCAGACGGGAACUUCCUCAUGCAAUCAGUGCAGGAGCCGCUGCCGAGCACCCGGGAAGCCCCGAACAGCAGCUGGACGAGAAGGAUGCUCGUCGCUUUCAACUCAAAAUUGCUGAGCUCAGCGCCAUCAUCCGCAAGCUCGAGGACCGCAACGCUCUGCUGUCCGAGGAGAGGAACGAGCUGCUGAAGCGCCUGCGAGAGGCCGAGAGCCAGUACAAGCCACUGCUGGACAAGAACAAGCGCCUGAGCCGCAAGAGCGAGGAGCUGGCCCACACCCUGCGGCGCCUGCAGAGCAAACUCAAGCUCAUCACGCAGGAGAACCUGGAGAUGAGGCAGCGGGCGGGCUCCGUGCGCAGACCCAGCUCCCUCAACGACCUGGAGAGGAGCCGGGAGGAGCAGGAGGCCGACUUCCUGCGGCUGCAGCUGCUGGAGCAGCAGCACCUCAUCGAUGAGCUCUCCAAGACCCUGGAGACCACCGGCUUCGUGAAGACUGUCCUGGAGCGUGAAAAGCUGUUGAGGUUCCGGAAACAGAGAAAGAAAAUGGCCAAGCUCCCCAAGCCCGUGGUGGUGGAGACCUUCUUCGGAUACGACGAAGAGGGGUCCCUGGACUCGGACGGCUCUUCCGUGUCCUACCAAACGGACAGGACGGACCAGACCCCGUGCACCCCCGACGAUGACCUGGAGGAGGGCAUGGCCAGGGAGGAGACGGAGCUGCGGUUCCGGCAGCUGACCAUGGAGUACCAGGCGCUUCAGCGUGCCUACGCCCUACUGCAGGAGCAGGUCGGAGGGUCGCUGGACGCAGAGCGAGAAGUUAAGACCCGAGAGCAGCUGCAGGACGAGGUGCAGAGGGCGCAGACGCGGAUCGAGGACCUGGAGCGGACGCUGGCUGAGCGCGGGCAGGACAUGAAGUGGAUCGAGGAGAAACAAGCUCUGUACCGCAGGAACCAGGAGCUGGUGGAGAAGGUCAGGCAGAUGCAGGUGGAGGAGGCGCGGCUGCAGCACGAGGUCCAGGACGCAAAGGAUCAGAACGAGCUGCUGGAGUUCCGCGUGCUGGAGCUCGAGGAAAGGGAGAGGAAGUCCCCCGCCAUCACCUUCCACCACACGCCCUUCGCGGAAGGGAAGAGCCCCCUGCAGUCCUACUGUGAGGCCGAAGGCGUGACGGACAUUGUGGUCAGCGAGCUGAUGAAGAAGCUGGACAUUUUGGGGGACAACGCCGUAAGUAGCCUGAACAAUGACGAGCAGGUGGUCAUCAUCCAAGCCAGGACAGUGCUGACCUUGGCUGAGAAGUGGCUGCAGCAGAUCGAGGAGGCAGAGGCUGCCCUGCAGCAGAGGAUGGGCGACCUGGAGACGGAGAAGGAGCUGUUCAGUAAACAGAAGGGCUACCUGGACGAGGAACUGGACUUCCGGAAGCAGUCCCUGGACCAGGCUCACAAGCACAUCCUGGAGCUGGAGGCCAUGCUGUACGACGCCCUGCAGCAGGAGGCCGGGGCCAAAGUGGCCGGGCUGCUGACGGACAGCGAGCGGGAGGAGCUCCGGGUGGCCGUGGAGCAGUGGAAGCGCCAGGUCAUGAGUGAGCUGCGAGAGCGGGACGCGCAGAUCCUGCGGGAGCGCAUGGAGACGCUGCAGGGGGCGCAGCAGAGGGUCAAGGAGCUCGAGGAGCGGCUGGAGGCCCAGAAGAGGCAGCUGAAGGAGCUGGAGGAGAAGUUUCUGUUUCUGUUCUUGUUUUUCUCCUUAGCUUUCAUUCUCUGGUCUUAAGGAUCCUGGACACUCUGUGUGCCCCCCGGAGCCUGACCCCUUCCCUCCGGCGGCCGGAUGAGCCUCCCCUCUCCCCCGAAGAACCAGGAAGACGUGGCGUCUGCAGACACCCCACCCGCCGUCACGAAGAGAGGAGGGGUCUCUGGUGGGGCCCC